AUGAAGGCGAUCGCGCCGGCUUUCACAAUGCGCGCUUCGUCUGCACUCCUUGCCUACUCGGCACUGAGCUUUGGCCUCACCACGGCCCAGUUCAUCGAAGCUCCGGAAACAUACCACAACCCAUAUGGCGUAGUUUACUCUGCAAUGCUCUUGGACAAAAACACCACCUCCCUUCGCGGGACAAUCAACGCGACUGCCGGGCCGGGCGGACACGGCGUGGUGUACACCCUCGAGUUCUGGGGCUUUCCAGAGGAGUCCAAACACGGGCCUUUCCCCUACCACGUCCACGAUCAGCCUGUCAACAGCAGUGGUGACUGCCUGUCUACUCUUGCCCAUCUCGACCUCACCUUCCGGGGUGAGUACCCCCCUUGUGAUAAGAGAAAACCUUGGACCUGCCAAGCCGGCGAUUUCAGCGGCAACAACAUCACCCGUAUCAAUUGCGGCAACUUCUCGUUGAUAAGCAAUGGUACCACGCCUCCUACGCAUACCAAGAAGCCUCCUCAUAUCUUGCCUCCUACGCAUACCAAGAAGCCUCCUCAUAUCUUGCCUCCUACGCAUACCAAGAAGCCUCCUCAUAUCUUGCCUCCUACGCAUACCAAGAAGCCUCCUCAUAUCGUGCCUCCUACUCAUUCCGUACCUCAUCCCAAGCCUCCUGCUCAUACCAUUCCGCCUCCCGUGGCUCCUUCUCAUAUCUAUCCUCCGUCGGCUCCUUAUCCGAGUGCCCCGUCAAUUCCAGUUUAUCCGCCAGGACCGAAUCCUUCACCCGGUCCGAGUCCUCCACCAGGCCCGGUUGUUCCUUUGGGCACGAGUUAUUCGCCGCGUCCGACCACUCCACCAGGUUCGGGUGUUCUGCCAACGACCUCGGGAGCGCCAGGCCUCCCACCACAAUCACCGCCGCCUGCUAUUGGUGCUGCUAACCGUGUCGGUGCUGUCUCAGUCGGCAUGGUCCUCGCUGGCCUUGCCGUUCUCAUGUUGUAAUGAGCAGUUCAGUUCAGUUCUAGGGAGGUCUAAUCCCGGCGGAGUUUUUAAUGAUGGGGCAAAAGGAGAGAGAAGAAAGCCAAACAGAAAAUGGAGCAACUUGAAGAAAAAUGUACCGGAACUGUGUUCGACACCUUAGCUUUUGCCUAUUCUUUUGGUUGUGUUUUGUUUUUGUCUAGUUUUUCUUUCUUGUUUAAUUUCGUUUCAUUUAAGGACGGACUAAAGAAAGUCUAUGGAAGUGGUGUUUAUCUUCUUUUGUUCUUAUACCUAUAUGUUGUCCCUUAGUUAAUUAUCUCUUGUAUUUCAUUGCAUGGGGGGGGGGGGGAAGGGAAAUGAAAACAAAAAAAAAAAAAUUGAAAAAAUUGAAAAAAAUGAAAAAAUGAAAAAAAAACAUGAAAACCAAAAACCAAAAGAAAAGAAGAAAAAAGAAAGAAAAAAGAAAAAAGAGAAAAAAAAGAGAAAAAGGAAAAAAAGGGGAAAAAUGUAUAUAUAUAUAUAUAUAUAUGUAUAUACUAUUUGCGCAAGCAGUUCUAUCCCAGACUCAAGUCUCCCGAACAACAAAGGAUACACUUGUGUAAAGCGCCUUUGAAAUUCUUUUUCGGCAUUUAUGUGGGCUGUUUUCCCCUUCCCUCCAUUCCCUUUUUUCUCAAUCUCCCAAUCGAACUACUCGAACUACAUGAAAAUAAUGUGCCCCCCAUGUUAGUUUGUUAAUGGAGAGUCGGUUUCCGGUAAUCCGGGCAGGCGGGCGGCUUUGCUUUGCGGUACUUUUGCGCGCAAACGUCAGCUAAUUCUAAUUUUAUAUAGUUAGUUAUCUAGUUAUAUGUUUUUUUAAAAAAAAAAAAAAAAAAAAAAAGGGGGAUACUCGCGGCCCCACUAUCUUCUAUUCUAUAGUGGAUAGUGGAUAGUGGAUAGUGGAUCGUGAAUUAUAGGUGAAGAUAGUGUGGGUGGGGCCGAUCGUAACCCUUCAGGGUUGUUCCUUGGUUCUUCUAUCUACCUAGGCGGGUUUUGGUAUCGGGUUUGGAUCUUUGACUACCCCCUAACCGUGUUGUGGCGGGCAGCCUACAGGUUGCGUUGGUGUUAUGGUGGGUGCCAUGGUAGCCGUACCUUCGUUUUUUUUUUCUCUUUUUCUAUCCUUUUUCUGUAUUUAAUUUUAUUUUAUUUAAAACCCUGAAAUAUAGGGAGGGACUAUAACUAAUAAUAAGUUAACAAUGGCAGAGGCAAAAUUUAAAAAUGGUAACAGGUGGCUUCUUUCGCAAUGACAAAGUACUGGCUUUAUCUGUUAUCCCAGUGGAAUGAUGGCAUUGAGGUAGCAACGGCGCAAGAUAUGUAGGUUGGUAUGAGAUGGUGGGAACAGAUUUAUCUCUGAUUGUGGUACAAGUACAUCCACACAAAAUCUUGUGAUGGUAGAACUAUGGAUCCAACUCUCAGGUCGAUCGAUCGAGAAAAGCUACCCGCCACCCAAGAUAAUAACCAACCAGACAGACAGAUACUAUUAAUAAUAAUAAUAAGGGCGACAAAGCGACAAAUUAGUUGUAUUAGAUCUCAAAUCUCCAAAUCCUCCUCCCCCUCGACCCCACCCUUUUACACUGCCAAUACAACAUAUCAUGUUUCCCCCCCCCCAUUAACACUCCCCACAUCCCUCCGGUGGCCCGGCAUCUCCCGCACCACCUCGACUCCCAUGGUAAGUUCCUGGAAGUGUGCUAGAAACCUAUACCCCCUCGGUAGCGCGGCAAGCCGAGCCCUCAUCGGCGAUGAGGGUGGCCCGGUAGCACCGUGACAGCGUGCGCGGACGCCCAAAGGUCGUUUUGGGAAAUGAGGUGAGUUAUGUAUGUACUGCACCUUACAUUUUCCUAAUAAGGAAGAAUCAAGAGAGACCCGUGGGCCCCUUGGUGUGCAGUGUCCACCCUUUAUCCAAGUAUCAAGCAUCCUAGCUAUCCAGACUGGGACUUUGGAUAUCUGCGUCUAACCCUAGGUCUUGCUUGGUCUUUGGGAUUGCUGCAUCUUGCUCCAACGGCGCUGGCCAUUACCCUAAAACGGGCUUGUCCGGCUAUAUUCCUGCAUUUGAAGCAAGAGCUGAUCACCAGCUAAAAGCAAUCUAGACUUGUAGACCACAUACUAGAAUACCCAUGAAUGGCGUACCCUAGCUACCUACGUUCUGGUCAGUCAAAGAAUCCAACAAGUGAGCAGAGAGAUCCUUCAACAAAGAGACUCGAAAAAUUCCUUGCACGCAAACCCCCUGCACAUAGCAAUGACUUCUUUGAGUGACUUCGAUUCAUGCAGAGCCGGAUAUCUCCGUGGCCCACUCCAUCCUCCAGCUCCCAGCGCUGGCAACCCGCCAACUGGUAAGAGUAUAUCGCCCCGUUGCCGAUAGAUUGCAGCUAGAAUAGUUCGAUCAAAAAGAGCCCAUUUCGUAGCAACCAGGGUAAAAAAUCUUCUGCCGUGAGCGCAAGGUCUAGGGUUAGGGCACACUCGGCUUUGGAGCUAAAGCUACCUAAGUACGUUAGCCAGAUCGCACGGGGUUAACUAACUGGUUAACUAACUUACGGUUAAAAAGCUUAUUUAUAUGAGAAGCUAAGUUUAACGUCAGAGCAUUCAGGGCACUUGCAAGAUAGAACAACUCCUGAGAUGUC